AUGAAGGUGGCCAUUGUUUUUGUUUUGCUCUUCGCCACAGUUCUCUGUCGGCCGGCGAAAAAAGUCAGCAGUUCAGAAAGCUCUGAAGAAGUGGUGAAAGCGGAUGCUCCUCUAACCAAUGAUGCAACUGUACAGAAUGCCGCAGCAACCACCAGCUCAGACGAGAGUUCAGACGAGGAGGGCACAGCAGCUCCAGACACAACUUCGUCCUCUGAUACAGCCUCUGUCGACAGCAAAGACAGUGACGAUGAUGAUGAUGAAUCAGACGUGAGUGAAACCGAUGAGGACGACGAGGAAUCUAGCAACAGCUCAGAGUCGGGCGAGUCCUCCACCGCUGCUACAGUGACAGUCACCCCCGUGAUCGUCACAGAGGAGCCCGUGGUUGAGACCACCCCCGAGCCCAUCCUGCCUACCAUCGUCACCGAUGCAGACUCAGGCCGCGGCGACAGCUUGGGAGGUUACCCAGGCGAUUACAAGUCCAUCGUCUACGUUGAGGACAAAUCCUACCACAAGGUUCCCGCUUACAAGUCCUACGAACUUGUCGGCGCAGGCAAGAAGAUGGCUUACGACAUGAACAACGGCAACGAGGUGGAGAAGACACUGAAAGUGUACAAGGCCCUUCAGAUCCACUCAGAUCUCCUGGAGGAAGAUACUAGCACCCCUGAUGUAGAAAGCCAGGGUCUGGACGCCACUCUGGACCAGGAUGCCAGCUUCCGCCAGGCCUCCCUCCCAGAGGAGAGCACUAGCUCCAGCGAUACUAGCAGCAGUGACGGUAGCAGCGACGCUAGCAGCAGUGACGGUAGCAGCGACGCUAGCAGCAGUGAUGGUAGCAGCAGCAGCGAUAGUAGCGCCAGUGAUGCCAGCACAAGCGAUAGCUCCAGUGCUCCAGAGGCAGAAGAGGAGGAGGAGAGCACCAGCGACAGCACCGCCAGCCCGGAGUCCGAGGACGAGGAGAGCAGCGAGGAGGCCACUGCCACGCCCGGAGCUUCUGACAGCGACUCAGAUGAGAGUGAGAGCUCUGAGAGUGACUCAGAUGAGGACAAGGCAGUACCUGACGCCACUACUGACAUGCCAGCUGUCAUUACUGCCAAAUAA